AUGAUAAAAAUAUAAAACAAGUAUAGCUACUCAUAACAAGAUCUCAUCGGAGAAGGUGCGUAUUCUAAGGUCUAUAAAGGUUUAUUCGAUAAAACAAAUGAAUGCGUUGCUGUUAAAGUAAUUGAUUGGAGUAGAGUAAAGGAUAAAUACUAUAUCUCUGGGUUUUAGAGAGAAGUUCGAAUAAUGAGAGAUCUCGACCAUGAAAAUAUAGUUAAAAUAAUUGAUAUGAUUCAUGACCCCAGUUAGAAUAGAGAAUAUCUAAUAAUGGAAUAUUGCGAUAGUUAAAACCUCGCAAACUUCAUCUAUCAAUCUGGAGGAGUUCUAAAUGAGAAUGUCUCGAAAAUAGUAUUGUAGUAAUUAUUGACGGCUCUAAACGAAUUAAUCAAAAAGGACUACUUACACAGAGACAUCAAACCUGAAAAUAUCUUGAUUCACUAAAGGACUUUGAAAUUGGCAGACUUUGGAUUCUCAGUAAAGGCCGAUUAUUCGGGCAAUCAACUUUUUAGAGAAAAUGUAGGAACACCAUUGUAUAUGGCUCCAUAAAUACUUGAAAAUAAACACUAUUCGGUGAAAAGUGACAUUUGGAGUAUAGGAGUCAUGGCAUAUUAAAUGUUAACUGGAGACCACCCUUGGGUAGCAGACGAUCCAGCACAACUUUUAAAAUCCAUAAAAUCUCAAAAAUUAUAAUUUCCUUCACAUAUUCCAAUCUCAGAAGACUUCAAAGAAUUUAUAAAAAAUUGCUUGUAAUAUGAUGAAAAAGAUCGAUAUAAUUGGGAUGAUUUAAUCGAACAUAAAAUAUUUAAAACUAAAUAUGUUAUUUAAAAGAAUUACACCAAAAUUGAAUAACUCUAAGGAGCAAUUAAUUAAAUAAGAUAAGUUCAGAAAAGAAGAGGCACUCCAUUAGAACAAUUAUUUAAUAAUUUAGAUAUGGACGGUGACAAGAAGCUUGCAUUCGAAGAAUUUCAAGUUUUAUUACUUUAUGUGGACAAUCUUAUGGAAAUCAAUAUUUAAAAAGGAAUCUUUUACAGAUACAACGUUAGCAAAAAUAACUUACUUAAUUUUAACGAGUUUAGCAGGAUAUUUUGUUGA